UCCUCAAUUACUCUCUCUGUGAGAGUCCAUUCAAAUUUUUAGGGUUCUUAAUUUUGCUCUAAUCGAUUCUCGAACUAGAUUCGUCUCCUCCUACACUUCGAGCUCCUUCUGGUUAUGUUGACGGCUUCUGAGAAAUUCUCCGCCAUUCUCUCAGGAUUAUAAAUUGAACACGGAAGAGUGAGAUCCUCUAACUCCAAACUCAUCUAUUGCUUUCAUCAUGGUUUUGGGUGUUUUCAAAGUUCUUGUCUCUGAAUUGGGAGUAUGAGUUAGAGCUUCCUUGGCUGUGCUGUGUUUCAUAGACUUAGCUAAGCUGACUCGGGAGAUUUGAUUUUUACGAGGUUUGUUGUUCCAAUGGAAUGCAAUAAAGAAGAUGCUGCGAAUGCAAAACAAAUUGCAGAGGAAAAGAUGGAGGCUGGUGAUUUUGUUGGAGCUCAUAAAUUUGUUACCAGGGCUCAAAGACUCUUCCCUAAUCUCGAAAACUUACUGCAGAUGAUUACCAUAUGUGAUGUGCAUUCUGCUGCAAUUAAUAAAAUCAAAGGGCUUGAGAAUUGGUAUGGUAUCCUUCAGGUUCAGCCUUUGGUGGCUGAUGCCGAUACAAUCAAGAAGCAAUACAGAAAGCUUGUCCUGCUUCUCCAUCCAGACAAAAACAAGUUUCCUGGUGCAGAGGCUGCUUUCAAGUUGGUUGGAGAAGCAAACAGAGUGCUUUCUGAUCGGAUGAAACGCUCUCAGUAUGAUGUCAGAUACAGAUCCCAUUCAAUUUUAGCUAACAGGCAUGCAAAUGCAAACUCGGGUCGCCACUGUGCUGCUACAAACAAUGCUGCCCACAAUAUUGCAAGUGUUCACACAUUCUGGACGAGUUGCAGGCACUGUGGCCGUUGGUAUAAAUACUUGAAAGAAUAUAUGGACACAGUUAUGCACUGUUCCAGUUGCCGGAACAAUUUCGUUGCCCGCAGCAUGAGGUGUGAUGGAGUGCCUCCUGGUAGUUCAACGGCUGGUAAAAAAGAUUUUCAGUAUCAAGGGAUGUACAAUACAUCUAGGCAGAAUGCUCCUACUGAAGCAGAAUCAGCAAGUGCAGCAGCUGAGAUGGAUAAGAAUGGAACAGUUGAAGGGAAACUCAACAAGAAGAAUCAAGUUAAUCAGGAAAAAGGUGCUGAUGACAGGGAACUCAAGAAAGAUGAGGGUUGUACCGAUAAUAACACUGAAGGAAGCAGACCCCAGAAUGGUGAGACAGGUAGUAUGAAAGAUUCUGCUGAAAUACCUAAAGCUGAUGUAUUGAAGCCGCAACCACAAAUAAAAGAAACAGAUACUACUGCGGGAGAGUCAAUACUUGAUUCAUCAGCUCCGAAGAAAACUAAGGCAUACAAAAGGAGGAGAAAAACGGUUGAUGAAUCCUCUAAGAGUUUUGAGGUGGAUAGCUCUGUUGCUGCUGGGGCUAAAACAGAUACAAAGGGGGGAAGCGAUGGUGAUUUUGUCAACCCUCCAAGUAAAAAGACAAAACCAGGCUGUAAAUCUGAGGAUAAUAAGUCAGCUGAACAGGCUGAUUCUGGGGUCUCUUCCGCGUCUUCACAUGCUAAUAAAGGAAAUGAAGACAUCUUGUCAUCCAAAAACAAAGUUAGUGGAGGCUGUAAUGGUAAUGGAGAAGAUGCAGCCUUGUUGAGCAAGAUUGAUAGAGUUGAAAAUGGAUACAAAGCUAAUGAAAACCCUAAUACACUUGAUGUACCUGAUCCGGAGUUAAAUGUGUUUGAUGUUGAACGGAAUACAGAAAUUUUUGCUGUCAAUCAAGUGUGGUCUACAACUGAUUCUAGAGAUGGUAUGCCUAGGAAAUAUGUUCGGGUAGAGAAUGUGUUGAAUGCCGAGUUCAAGCUGCGGAUUACCUAUCUUGAGCCUGUAUGUGAUGAGAAUGAUGAUUGUAUUCCAGUUGCUUGUGGUAAGUUUAAAAAUGGGAAAACAGAGGAAGUUGAGAACCGCUCAAUCUUUUCAGGUCAAAUGCAUCACUUGCUUUGCAACAAGAUUGUUUCCAUCUAUCCUAGGAAAGGAGAAAUAUGGGCCAUUUUCAGAGGAUGGAACAAGGAAUGGAACAAUAGUGUAGAAAAGCAUAAAUUACCAUACAAGUAUGACUUUGUGGAAAUUGUGAGUGAUUUUGACGAUGUUAUCGGUGUUGGAGCGGCCUACCUGGGUAAACUAAAAGGUUCUCGUCCGCUAUUUCACAGGGAGGCAAAGUAUGGAAUUCGCCAGAUUCAAUUUUUUCCGGAAGAUAUGCUUAGAUUUUCUCACAAAGUACCAGCAAUCAAAAUGACCAGAAAAGAGAAAGAGUGUGUUCCAGCUGACUCAUAUGAACUGGAUCCUGCUGCAUUACCAAAGUAUAUACUUCAGGUUGAUGCAGUUGAAAUGGAAAUGGAUAGUGAGAUCCUGAAAGAUAAAGCUGAUAGCCCUUAUCCCGAAGCUCCCAAGGUUGGAGCGAAGGUCAAGCUAGUUCCAGAGACCGCACCAUCCCCAAGGAAACGUCGGAAAUCUGAUGAUGAUAAUUGCGUUUGCUGUAAUCUUGGGGAAGUCAAACAGGGAACAAACAGAAGCCAUGAUAUUUCUUCUUGUGAAGUUGAUGAAAAGAACACACCAAACAAGUCCAGAAAGAAUGGUGAGGCCACAGAUGGCUUCAAACUUCGAAAAUCUCCUCGUCUUCAAACGAUUCCAAGCCAACAAGGAGAUGGGAAGAAAAGUCAUAAACAAGGCAACAAAAUGAAUAACUCAAAGAAAAGUGAUAAGGAUCUUGUGACAGAUUCUUUGGGAGUUGAUGAAAAGAACACACCAAACAAGUGCAGAAAGAAUGGUGAGGCCACAGAUGUCUAUAGACUGCGAAAAUCUCCUCGUCUUCAAACAAUUCCAAGCCAACAAGGAGAUGAGAAGAAAAGUGCUAAACAAGGCAGGAAGAUGAAUAACCCAAUGAAAACUGAUAAGGGUCUUGUGACAGAUUCUUUGGGAGUUGAUGAAAAGAACACACCAAACGAGUCCAAAAAGAAUGGUGAGGCCACAGAUGUUUUCACACUCCGAAAAUCACCUCGUCUACAAACAAACUCAAACCAACAAGGAGAUGAGAAGGAAAGUGCUAAACAAGGCAGGAAGAUGAAUAACCCAAAGAAAACUGAUAAGGGUCUUGUAACAGAUUCUUUGGGAGUUGAUGAAAAGAACACACCGAACGAGUCCAGAAAGAAUGGUGAGGCCACAGAUGUUUUCACACUCCGAAAAUCUGCUCGUCUACAAACAAACUCAAACCAACAAGGAGAUGAGAAGAAAAGUGCUAAACAAGGCAGGAAGAUGAAUAACCCAAAGAAAAGUGAUAAGGGUCGUAUGACAGAUUCUUCGGGAGUCAGAAAAUCUCCUAAUGGCAUUCACCAAUCAGCAGAAAGUCAGGAAGGAGAGAGCUCGAAGAAACAAGGACGCAAUGGUGAAACACCGUCUCUGUCCAAGCUGAGUGAUUUGCCAUCUCAGGUGGAUGGUUCUACUUAUGAAUUCCCUAAUACAAGUCCUGUGUCACCAAAUUGCAAAAGACCUCGAAGAAAUGCCUUUGACUUCAAGAACCUGAGAUCUGAAGACAAAUUCGGAGUUAAUCAGGUAUGGGCUAUUUAUAGCAAUGACAAGGGAAUCCCCUCAGAGUAUGUGAAGAUCACGAAAGUUGAAACCAAGCCUAAGUUCGUGUUACGUGGAACCCCGACGAAGCUGUAUCCACCAUCUACGGAACCCGUAACCCGCCCUGUAUCUUGUGGGGAAUUUAAGUUGAAAAAUGGAAGACCUAAAAUCUUUCCUUGUGCCAGCUUCUCACAUCAGGUAAAACCCUUCGACAGUAGUAAGAUGUUCAUAGUCAAAGUAUACCCAAGGAAAGGUGAGAUAUGGGCUCUAUAUAAGAACUGUGAUAGCAGUGAAGAACAUGACAUUGUAGAAGUGGUGGAAGAUAACUGUGAUGGGGAGAUCGUAAAGGUGGUGGCUUUGACUGCUAAAGGCUCUAGUUCUCUAUACACAACUCAGAGGAAAGAAGGGGCGGGUGCGGAUUUUAUAGACAUUCCAAAGGCAGAAAUGAGUAGAUUUUCUCAUCAGAUUCCGGCUGUCAAAACAAGGCAAGUUAAAGGAGGAUACUGGGAGCUUGACCCGAUAGCAAUUCCAACUCGCACCAAAGUCUUCGACUGAGCAUAGUUCCAAGCAUGCAUCCGAUUUCUAUCUUCAGUGAUUGUGUAGAUAUGGUUAAUGCCAGAUUAGUAUAAUCUAAUGGGUAGCUUUGAGUUUGGUAUUUUGUCAAGAAAAUUAUCAGAUUAUUGUCUUUGGCGAUGGCUUAUGGAGUUGUAAGAGAAGAACAGACACUGUUUGUGUUAUUUUUCUGUGCAGCGGAGAAUUACUAGAAGUUUAUCUAAACGCAGCUUUUAGAGACAUCCGUUUAAAUUCAUAAUUCAACUUCUUCA